UAUGAUUAAGGCAAAGAAGAAUGGCGUAAAGAGAAAAGAAUAAAUGAUACGAAGCCAUUUUAUGAAAAAAAAAGAACAAAGAAAAUCGAAGCCAUCGUCGUCUUCUUCCGUUGACCUCUCAAAAAUGCGAGAGCUUCUUCGCGCCUAUUUCUCUCGAAGAACUCUCGUAACUCUUUACAAUCUCUUCUUAACCCUCUCCCGUAAGCUCCUCGCUUCAUUCCCUCUCUCUCUCGUCAUGCCCAAGUCCAACGACGGCGCCGUCGCGGAACCCGAGGCCGUUCCGUUGCUCGAUCUCUCUAAGCCGUCGUCACCUAUUUCCUUCCCGAUCAAAGCUCUCCAAGACCUGAAAUCGCGUUCCUACUUCGACUCAUUUCAUUUCCAGUUUAAUCGCUCAACCGUCCCUCUCCGGCGAAUCUCCGACGGUUCGCCGAAUCGCCCAAGGGUUUUAGUCUGCCACGAUAUGAAAGGAGGGUACGUAGAGGACAAGUGGGUACAAGGGUGUGAAAACGACGCCGGAUAUGCGAUUUGGCAUUGGUACUUGAUGGACAUUUUUGUCUACUUCUCCCAUUCUCUGGUCACUCUUCCUCCUCCUUGCUGGACCAAUACUGCUCACAGGCAUGGCGUUAAGGUAUUGGGGACUUUCAUCACAGAAUGGGAUGAAGGAAAAGCUACCUGCAAAGAGAUGCUUGCCACGAAGGAGUCUGCUCAGAUGUAUGCAGAGCGCUUGGCAGAACUUGCCACUGCUCUAGGAUUUGAUGGGUGGCUUAUAAAUAUAGAGAACGAAAUAGAUGAAGAACAGAUUCCAAAUCUGAAGGAAUUCGUUAGCCAUCUAACAAAAGUCUUGCAUUUAUCAGCACCUGGGGCUUUGGUUAUAUGGUACGACAGUGUCACUGUUCGUGGCGAACUUAAGUGGCAAGAUCAGCUGAAUGAGAAGAACAAACCUUUCUUUGACUUAUGUGAUGGAAUAUUCAUGAACUAUACAUGGAAGGAGGGCUACCCUAAACUAUCAGCUGAAGUUGCUGGGGACAGAAAAUAUGAUGUCUACAUGGGAAUUGAUGUCUUCGGUCGGGGCUCCUUUGGUGAUGGGCAAUGGAAUGUUAAUACUGCUCUUGAUUUGCUAAAGAGAAACAAUGUCUCAGCUGCCAUUUUUGCUCCCGGAUGGGUAUAUGAGACUGCACAACCACCCAAUUUUCAUACGGCUCAGAAUAAAUGGUGGUCACUUGUCGAGAAGUCAUGGGGAAUAGUCCAGACUUAUCCACAAGUCUUGCCUUUUUACUCAGAUUUCAAUCAGGGAUUUGGUUACCAUGUUUCACUCGAAGGUCGCCAAAUGUCAAAUGCUCCGUGGUAUAACAUUUCUAGCCAAAGUCUUCAGCCUCUUCUAGAAUUCAGUGAAGACGACAGAGAUAUCAUCCAGGUCACUGUUGAUGCUCGAGAGGCAUCUUAUAACGGAGGAGGGAACAUAGUUUUUAAAGGCAUACUCGAAGGAGAUACGCAUUUCACAGCGAGGCUCUUCAAACCUCAUCUUCCGCUCUCUUCUUCCCCAAUCACAAUCUCCUACUCUGUGAAAUCAGAUGUAACCUCUAAACUCGGAAUCGUGCUUUGUUUCUCAUCUCCAUCACACGAGACCAUGUCCAUCCUCGUGGCGCCAGAAGAACCCAUCCGCAGAUUCAACGACAUGUUCUUGCAGUGUCUCGCCACAUCACAGCAGACUGUAUCCGAGUGGACGGUACACGAAACAAGCCUUGUCAUGGAUGGCCACACACUGACUGAAAUAUCUGCCUUUUGCUACGGACCAGAGAACUCGACAAAGAGAACAGAAUAUGCUGCGUUACUCGGCCACAUCUCAAUCAAAGAUCAUGUUCAGCUCCAGCAAAAACCCGAUUCAUUACCUCCAGCGUCAUUGUGGUUCAUCGAGGCUCAUAACAUUGAGCUUGUACCGGGUAGCUCCGGUACCAAGAUCCUCAGGGUAAAGCUAGAAUGGAGACAGAAACACCUCGAAGAUUCCGUGUUCCCAAGGUACAAUGUGUAUGCAGAGAAUGUGAAGUCGACUGAUCUAAGAUCGAGGAAAGUUCUAGAGAAACCGAGAAGCGAGACAGUGUUCCUCGGAAUCGCUCAUGUACCGAACUUUUACGUAUCAGAACUGGUGGUUGAGUCGGACGUGAAAGGAGUAUGGUUCGUGGUUCAAGCCUGUGCUGAAGAUGGUUCAUGUGGGAAGCUGGAUGACUCUCCUAAGCUUCUUCUGGAGCUGGAAGCUCUCUCGUCUAAGCAUGUGUCAACCAAAAUGUUGCUCAAGGCUUCUCCCGCGCUUUCUCUCUUCAGCUCCGGCGGCGGAGAUCUGUUUCCUCCGUCCAGAAACCCGUCGAACCUUCUGAUUUCCUCGAGCGCAUGCCGUGGAUCAAUGUUUUCUGUUCGUGCGGCGAAAGGAACCAACACCAAGUCGUUGACAGGAGUUGUGUUCGAACCUUUUGAGGAAGUGAAGAAAGAAAUGGAUCUUGUUCCCUCUACCCCUCUGGUUUCUCUCGCUCGCCACAAGUUCGCCGAUGAUUCUGAAUCUGCGAUUAACGAUCAGAUCAAUGUGGAAUAUAAUGUCUCCUACAUCUACCAUGCCCUCUACGCUUACUUCGACAGAGACAAUAUCGGCUUGAAAGGUUUCGCCAAGUUCUUUAACGAUUCAAGUCUUGAAGAACGAGGUCAUGCUGAGAAGUUUAUGGAGUACCAGAACAAGCGUGGAGGGAAAGUGAAGCUGCAGUCAAUUUUGAUGCCCUUCUCUGAGUUUGAUCACGAGGAGAAGGGAGAUGCUUUGUAUGCUAUGGAGCUUGCGCUGUCUCUAGAGAAACUUACAAAUGAAAAGCUUCUGAAGUUGCAAAGUGUGGGUGUGAAGAACCACGAUGUUCAGCUGGUUGAUUUUGUUGAAUCCGAGUUUCUAGGCGAGCAGGUCGAAGCUAUCAAGAAAAUCUCAGACUACGUUGCACAGCUAAGAAGGAUAGGAAAGGGUCACGGAGUUUGGCAUUUUGAUCAAAUGCUUUUGCAUGAGGAGGUUUAAGGAAGAAAGCUGCAGCUUUUGAAGAUUCUGAUAUAUGGUGACAGUCUUUUCCGUGUGAUAUACGGCACUUGUUCUGUGUCUAUACACCGUCUCUAUGUCUGAUAGGGGAUAACUGUUUGUUUAUCUCUUUCUUUUCGUUGUUUUUUAACCGAAUGCUUGAGAGUUGUGAGUGUUAAUAAUGUAAGUCGUAGUCUGAGAAUAAAUGCAAGUCCACUGCUUCAAUGCGACUAUGACCAUAAUUGAGUUUUCGUGUGACUGAAACAAUUACUCCGAGUAAUCUGUGAUUUUUAAUUCAUAAUACUGAAUCCGGAAACUCCAGG